UCAUCCUUGCCUUUCCUGCUCCCAGGCCCUGCCCCCUUCCCAUGGGCAGGCACAGCUCUGGAAUGGGUUCUUGCUGUGUGACAGGAAACAUCUCCUUUGUUAAAGCAGUUCACAUGUUCAGGGUUGUCCUUGCUUCUCAGAGUUGAGCUGGACUCAUUUUUUAAAGCAAUAACCUAAUUGCCUGUGCUAAUUAAGGCCCCUUAGCAGAGCAGUGCAGAAUUUAGGUCAGCUUUUCUUUGCUGUCCCUUUGUGCUCCUGUUCCGGCAUUUCCCACUUGCUGCACUUCCUCUUCCCAGGCUCUCAGGAUGUCACCCUUGCUUGGAUGUGGAUGUUUUCCUGCUACCUCAACCUCCCCUGACCCAUUUUUGCCAUCCUGCACCACCAGGAAAGACAAAAAUCUGCCAAAAUUCCAAUUCUCAAGGAGAGAUCCUUGUUUGAGGAGGUCGGGUGCAGAGUGAGCAUUGGGAUUGUCCCGUGGUUGGGGGGAGCUGUUCCUUGGGGCCAGUUUGCCUGGGCAAGGAGCAGGGGAGGAGUUUAUCCCCAGGAAACUCUGCAGUUCUCAGUGACCUGCUGCCCUUUCCAGCUGGGAAUAUUUCAGGACUGAAGCAGAUUCUGCAGUGUGGGAGAAGGGGAGGAUACACCAUGGAGUGUGGGAAGGGAGUUUGUGCUGCUCUCCUGCAGUUCACCAGGUUUGGGGUGUUACAAAGUCUGAGCUGACACUCUGAGGAUGCAGCAUUUUUGUGCAAAGGAUAUUUUGUGGACAGCACGUCCUUCAUGGGAUGAGUGACAACAUCCCUGGAGUCACACAACUCCUGCCUUUCAUCCAGAUUCACUUCAAAACUGUUUCUUUGUGUUCAUUUUUUGUGUUUUAAAUCUCUUCUGCUCCACUCUCAAGGUGAAUGUCACCUUCAGCUUGGCCAGCCCUUUUCCAGUUGUGCCUUUUCUUCCCUCUCCUGUGGCUGACCAUCCCAGUUUUCAUACAGCAGUUUAUUCCAGCACAGACAGAACUUGGCUGUUACCAGCUGACCCAAAAGAAAGGUUUUUCAUCUUCCUGGACAGAAAAAUCUUGUAGUUGUGGGAAGAAGUUGAAGCUCAGGUUAAUACUUCAGCCAAGAGGAGGAUGAUAUUUCUGAGGAAAAACCAAAAGUGCAGAGCUCUUAUCUUCAACUUGGGAUUCUGAUCCUGAGCCCUGGGAUUCUGGAAAUUCGGGAAUUCUGGAAAUUCUUUCUGGAGUGGUGGUCAUAACCAGUAAGGACACGGUGCAGCACCAGGGGAUCUUCUUAACCAUGGAGGGCUCAGUGAAUCUGCAGCUCAGUGCCAAAAACGUGGGUGUGUUUGAGGCCUUCUGCAACACUGCCAAGCCUAUUCAGAUUAUCAACAGCACCAUUGAAAUGGUGAAACCAGGGAAGCUCCCCAGUGGCAAGACAGAAAUUCCCUUUGAAUUCCCACUGCAAAUGAAGGGCAACAAAGUUCUCUAUGAGACAUACCACGGAGUCUUUGUCAAUAUCCAGUACACCCUGCGCUGUGACAUGAGACGUUCCCUGCUGGCAAAGGACCUGACCAAGACUUGUGAGUUCAUUGUCCACUCCCUGUCACAGAAAGGGAAGCUGCUGCCGAGCCCUGUGGACUUCACCAUUACUCCUGAAACUCUGCAAAAUGUUAAAGAGAGAGCCUCCCUCCCCAAAUUCCUGAUCAGAGGGCACCUGAACUCCACCAACUGUGUGAUCACGCAGCCGCUGACGGGGGAGCUGGUGGUGGAGAGCGCCGAGGCGGCCGUCAAGAGCAUCGAGCUGCAGCUCGUGCGUGUGGAGACCUGUGGUGAGCCCCUGGGCAGCACCCAGGCUGCAGGAACCCCCUGCAUCCCUUCUGAAUUGGUUGGGAAAGCCAGGUGUCUGCUGAGGAAGGCAGGAGCCUCCCCUGAAAUGGAAAAUGGUGUGCUGAGGGCUAUGCCAGGGAUGCCACAGAGAUCCAGAACAUCCAGAUCACCGACGGCGACGUCUGCAGGGGCCUCCCCAUCCCCAUCCACAUGGUGUUCCCCAGGCUCUUCACCUGCCCCACCCUGGAAACAACCAACUUCAAAGUGUAGUUUGAAGUGAACAUCGUGGUCCUCCUGCACGACGACCAUCUCAUCACAGAGAACUUCCCCCUGAAGCUCUGCAGGAUGUGAACAUCCACAGGAGAAGCAGAGAAGGAUUUUCUGGGAAUUCCUCAGAGGGAAAGUGGAACUUUAUCCAUGCUUGACUGCAGCUGGAGCCACCUCACUUCCUUCUUCCUGUGGGCACUUCUUGUGCUUCCACUUCCCUGUUAGCCUGGCCAAGACUUGGCCUCUGCAUUUCCCAAUCCUGCUGCCUUCAAGAACCAUGUUUUUCCCAAUUUUUCUCAG